AUGAAAUCCGACAGCCAUCUCUUCCACUACCCCUUAUACUCCCUCAAAGCACUAGCCCUCUUUCUCAUACUCUCUCUCUCCUCCUCCUCCGCCACCGCCGCCAACAAUGGCGCCGCCGGCCUUCUCUCCGGGGACUCCCAUCAGCUCAUCUCCUUCAAGAACUCGCUCCCCAACCCCGGCGAGCUCCAGUCGUGGCAGCCCGCCGUCUCCCCCUGCGAUUUCCGCGGCGUCCGCUGUAAAAACUGGAGGGUCUCCUCCGUCGACCUCUCCGACCACCGCCUCGACACCGAUUUAGCCACGGUGGCCGGAUUUCUGUUCCCGCUGCAAAACCUGGAGUCCCUCGUGCUGAAAAACGCUAACAUAACCGGCCCAAUCUCCUCCGUCGCGAGAUUUUCGUGCAGCCGACGCCUCAACUGGUUAGAUCUGUCCGGAAACGCGGUCUCCGGCCAUAUCGCUGAAAUUCCGGCCAUCGGGAUUUGCUCCGGCUUGAUUACUCUCAAUCUCUCAAGAAACUCCGUGGACCCCAACAGGGCCAGGGCAGCCGCCGCCGCCGUGCCCUCCUCUUCCGUACAAAAUCUCGAUCUUUCGUACAACAACAUCUCCGGAGAGGACGCCGUCGCUUGGAUUCUUUCCGGCGGGGCCUUCCCCGAGCUCCACCACCUGUCUCUGAAAGGGAACAGAGUCUCCGGGGCCUUCCCGGAGUUCAACUUCAAGAACUUGGCCCAUUUGGAUCUCUCUACCAACAACAUCUCCGCCCCUUUCCCGGCGUUCACCGACUGCUCCGCCCUGCAGCACCUCGACCUGUCCUCCAACAAGUUCACCGGUGGAGUGGGAAACUCACUCGCCGGAUGCGGUGAGCUGACCUUCCUCAACCUCACCAGCAACCGCCUCACGGGCCCUGCUCCGACUCUCCCGGCCGCCUCCUCCGGUCUCCGGUUCCUAUACCUCCAGGAGAACGACUUCCAGGGCGUCCUGCCGGAAAUCCUGCCGGAGACCCUCGUCGAGCUGGAUCUGUCCUUCAACAACUUCACAGGUAAUUUACCCCAAAGCCUUGCCUCUUGUUCUGCUCUGGAGCUUCUCGAUUUGUCAGCCAAUAAUUUCUCCGGCGAGCUUCCGGUGGAUAUUUUCUUGAAGUUAACCAAUCUGAGGUUUCUACUCCUAUCUUCCAACAAUUUCAUCGGCAACUUUCCGGAAUCUUUCUCAAAGCUCACAUCUUUAGAAACUUUAGACGUGAGCUCCAACAAUAUCUCCGGCUCAAUCCCGGCCAAUCUCUGCCGGGAGCCCGGCAACAGCCUACGCUUACUCUACCUUCAGAACAACAUCCUCACCGGCCCAAUUCCCAACACCCUCAGCAACUGCACUCACCUCGAGUCUCUCGAUCUCAGCUUUAACUACCUAAAAGGCGUUAUCCCGUCUACCUUGGGCUCGUUAACCAAGCUUCGCGACAUCAUAAUGUGGCUAAACGAACUGCACGGCGAAAUCCCGAACGAGUUAAUGCAUUUACAAAGCUUAGAAAAUCUGAUUCUCGAUUUCAACGACUUGUCUGGCUCAAUACCGGCCUCCCUCAGCAACUGCACCAAUCUCAACUGGAUUUCCUUGUCAAACAAUCGGUUAACCGGCGAAAUACCUUCUUCUUUAGGAAAUUUGGCCAAUCUUGCUAUCCUAAAGCUCGGUAACAACUCACUGACAGGAAAAGUCCCAACCGAGCUCGGUGACUGCCGUAGUCUACUCUGGUUAGACCUCAACACGAAUUUCUUGAAUGGCACAAUCCCGGCUGGCCUUUUCAAACAAUCGGGUAAUAUAGCAGCUGCUGUUUUAACCGGCAAGAGUUACGUUUACAUCAAGAAUGACGGGAGCAAACAGUGCCACGGGGCAGGGAAUCUACUCGAGUUCGGUGGAAUCCGGCAAGAACAGCUGAAUCGAAUCUCCACUCGCCACCCGUGCAACUUCACUCGAGUCUACCGUGGAAUCACUCAACCGACAUUCAACCAUAACGGGUCGAUGAUCUUUCUCGACCUCUCGCAUAAUAAUUUGGAGGGAAAUAUCCCGAAAGAGCUCGGGUCGAUGUUCUAUUUGUCGAUACUCAACAUGGGCCACAACGGGCUAUCGGGCCCAAUCCCAGAAGAGCUAGGAGGCUUAAAGAAUGUCGCGAUUCUUGAUUUGUCGUACAAUCGGUUAAACGGAACUAUCCCGAAUUCGUUGAAAAGCCUUACUUUACUCGGAGAAAUCGAUUUGUCGAACAACGAGCUUUCCGGGAUGAUCCCCGAGUCGAACCCGUUCGACACAUUCCCCGAUUAUCGAUUCGCGAAUAAUUCGGGCCUUUGCGGUUACCCGCUUCCUUCGUGCGCGUUGAAUUCGGGCUUUCCGGUCAAACAUUCUCGCCGGAGACAAGCUUCCCUUGCCGGAAGUGUAGCGAUGGGACUUCUCUUUUCGCUCUUCUGCAUAUUCGGGCUGAUAUUAGUCGCGAUCGAGACCCGUAAGCGACGGAGAAAAAAGGAAGCCGCGCUCGAGGCCUACAUGGAGAGCCAUUCGGGCCCAACGACAAACGGGGGACCGCAAAGCGGAUGGAAAAUGAGCGCGCGCGAAGCCCUCAGCAUAAACCUCGCCACGUUUGAGAAGCCCCUCCGAAAACUCACGUUCGCCGACCUUGUAGAAGCUACUCAUGGCUUCCACGAGAAAAGCCUCAUUGGGUCGGGAGGAUUCGGUGACGUAUACAAAGCGCAACUCAAAGACGGGAGCGUAGUCGCGAUCAAGAAACUAAUCCAUGUCAGCGGGCAAGGGGAUCGGGAAUUCACGGCCGAGAUGGAGACGAUCGGGAAAAUCAAGCAUCGGAAUUUAGUCCCGUUGCUCGGUUAUUGUAAAGUCGGGGAAGAGCGUUUGCUCGUUUACGAGUACAUGAAGUACGGGAGCUUAGAAGAUGUUCUGCACGACCGGAAAAAAGUCGGGCUCAAAUUAAAUUGGGCCGCGAGGCGAAAAAUCGCAAUUGGGGCAGCUCGAGGUUUGGCUUUCCUUCACCAUAAUUGUAUCCCUCAUAUAAUUCAUCGUGACAUGAAAUCGAGCAAUGUGUUGCUCGACGAGAAUCUUGAAGCGAGAGUCUCGGAUUUUGGAAUGGCUCGACUUAUGAGUGCUAUGGACACGCAUUUGAGUGUGAGUACGUUAGCGGGAACUCCCGGUUAUGUGCCUCCGGAGUAUUAUCAGAGCUUUAGGUGUUCGACUAAAGGGGAUGUUUAUAGUUAUGGGGUUGUUUUGCUCGAGUUGUUGACCGGGAGGAGACCGACGGACUCGGUGGAUUUUGGGGAGAAUAAUAAUUUGGUGGGGUGGGUUAAGCAGCACGCGAGGGGUAGGGUGAGUGACGUUUUUGACCCUGAGUUGAUGAGGGAGGAUUCGGGUUUGGAGAUGGAGUUGUUGCAGCAUUUGAAAGUGGCGUGCGCGUGUUUGGACGAUCGGGCUUGGAAGAGGCCCACGAUGAUUCAAGUGAUGGCCAUGUUUAAGGAGAUUCAAGCGGGCCAGCCCGGGAUUGAUUCGGGCUCGUCGAUGAUGAUUGAUGUUGUUGAGGGUGGUGCGGGAGGAGUGGAGAUGAGUAUAAAGGAAGGGAAUGAGUUGAGUAAGCAUUUGUGA